AUGGCAGAUGGGAAUAUGAUUGAUGUCAGGACAAAGAAGUAUGCCAAGACAGGUCUAAAGCCAAGGGAAUUCACUGAUGAAUUCCUACAAUCAGUCUCUCUUUAUUUAAGGCAGACAGAGAGGUCAUAUGCAGCAGCACUCAACAUUUCACAUGUCACUUUGCACUACUUGAAGAAAAAGGGAAGGUUGAGAACACACACAACAAGUUGCAAACCAGCACUUACAGCAAAUCACAAGAUAGCUAGAAUGAAGUGGGUUUUAAGUCAUAUAAACCCUGUUGAAGGAAAUCAGGACCCCAGUUUUGAAGACAUGAGUUAUGCCAUUCACAUAGAUGAGAAAUGGUUCUACUUGAACCCUGACAAAAGGAGGUUUUAUCUCCUUCCAAGUGAAGAGGAUCCAUACAUGGCACAACAGUCAAGAAGAUUCAAGUUAAAGGCAAUGUUCAUGGCCAUUAUUGGUAAGCCAUUGUAUGGCAUAAAUGGUGAACUACUACAUGAUGGAAAGUAUGGGAUUUUCCCAUUCACAGUCCAAGACAAAGCAAAGAAAUCAAGCAAGAACAGAGCAGCAGUAACAAUGGUGACAAGGGCCCUUCAGAAUGUAAACAGGGAGGUCAUAAGGGACAUGUUACUUAACAAAGUAAUUCCAGCAAUCAAGGAUAAAUGGCCUGAAAGUCUGCCUAAAAAUGUUGUCAUACAAUGGGACAUGCAAGGCCACAUCAAAUACCAAGAGAUGAAGAGUCUUUUCAGGUCUAUCCAGUCCUUACAGUAUCAAUCUUUUCCUAACAAUCUUGAUGAGCUAGUUGAGAAGAAAGAGAUAGUGCUAGAGGCUGUAGAGUACUUGAACACAAUGUUCAGACCAGCACCAGAAGAGACUCAUGCAGCAGCAGAGGACAUGGAGGUGGAUGCAAAUUAG